AUGCGCUUAUUAUUAGCGUUCUUGUCGCUCUUUGCGCUGGCAAACGCCCAGUUCGGCUUCUUUGACCAAAUGUUUGGCCAGCAGGAGCAGCACCACGGCCACCACCACCAGCAACAGAACAACCCGAGCGACGCUUCUCAGUACCACGUACGCUACGACUCCUCCGUCUGCGACAAGUACCUGUGUCCAGAUUCGCUCGCGUGCGUACACUUUCCGCACCACUGCCCUUGCAUCUGGGACAAGAACGAGGACAAAUUCGAAUUGAGCGAAGGAAAACGUCUCUGCGUUUCGAAAGGCGGCUUCAAGGACGGCGAGGCGGCGCGAAAGGUCGAGCUGGCGCGCAAAGGCCUGCUGUGA